AUGUCGGCCCUGCAGACCUUUAUGCUGGUCGUGGACCAUGACAAAGAAGAAGCCAAGCGCAUUGCCGAGGGAAUCGCGCAAGAUGUUGAGACCAAGAAGGCGACUUUGAUUGAUACCGUCCAAUCUCUCGGCGAAUACAUUAAUGAUGAAGACCCAAUUCUGCGCGGAAAAGCGGUUUCCUACCUUACGGCUGUUAUCCAAGCUCUGUCGCCGAAAUACCUUUCAAGACAACAGAUUCAAGUCUUGACUUCAUUCUUCUGCGAUAGAAUUGAGGAUGGAGGUGCUGUUGCUGGAUUGCAGGUCUUGCAAGGUCUGGACCGAUUUAAUAAGUUCUUGGCUACCGAAGUAGCACAAGCGCUUUUUUCCAACUUUCAAGAUCUCCAAUCUCGGUCUCAAACACAGCGAUUCCACGUCUAUCAAUUGCUCAAUGAGUUGAUGUCAUCACACCGCGGAGCUUUGCGUGAUAUGGGGGAUAUCUCGCUUCUAGGUGUUGUUGAUAUCAUGACUGGAGAGAAAGACCCGAGAAAUUUGAUGAUUGUCUUCUCUAUCCUGAAAGUGAUUAUGGUGGAAUGGGACAUCUCGAAUCACGUUGAGACCCUGUUCGAUUCAGUAUACAACUAUUUCCCCAUUACCUUCCGACCCCCACCCAAUGAUCCUUAUGGAAUCACCGCACAGGAUCUGAAGGGUCGUCUGCAAGAUUGCAUCUCUUCGACAAGGCAUUUCGCACCUCACGCUAUUCCCGCACUAUUGGACAAGCUUGAUUCCACUUCUCCCAAUGUUAAGAAAGAUGCACUCAACGCAUUGAUCGCUUGUAUUCACUCGUAUGAUCCCAACACGGUGUCCAAGUUUUCCGUCACCGUAUGGGAGGUCCUUAAGUUUGAAAUUCUCAAUGCCCAAGAGGAAUUCCUUUCUGAAAGCUCUCUUGAGGUUCUCCAGGCAAUCGCCAAACGGCUCUCUGAAGGCGUUACCGAGGUGUCACAGGAAUUGCCUCUUGCAAAGUAUCUCCAGCCAAUUACCAAGGAGUGCAAUGAGCAACUCCAGGAGCCUCAAAACAAGAAGGCCAAGCCGGCCCAGUCAAUUCUCAGCUGCGUAUCCGCUGCUUCACCCGUUUCCUUCGUCCUUAUUGUGCAGACAGUUGUUGCCCCUAUCUUCACACUUUAUCAAGAGGCAGAUGGCAUUGUCAAGCAGAGAGCACUUCUAGAGACUCUGAACGUCUUGUUCGAAGCUGCUACGAAUGUUUUCGGAAAGUGGACCACCCGAGGCGGCGAGGUUGCCAUCGAAAACCCGCUCCUCGAAUUCAAGGACCAAUUUUCGGAUCUCUUUGGCCAGGCUUUGAUGGGUGCAGCCAAGGAAGAAGUCUCCUUCCGUGUGACUGCCCUCAAGGGCUUCUUGCGCCUGUCGACUUUGCGCGACUUCUUCCAGGAGAAUGAGAUUGGGCUUUUCGUGCAAUACCUCGACGAAAUUCUUCUGAAGGAGGAAUCUGUGGGACGGGAUGAUUUGAAGAAAGAAGCAAUUUCUGCUCUUGCUGAGAUUUCUAAGCACAAGCCCCGGCUCAUUGUGGAUAUUACCUUCCCUGCAUUUGUGGCUACUCUGCCAGAGGAAGAUGAAGGAUCCGAGGCGUCGUAUCUGCCUACACUCGAGACACUUGCCCAGAUCAGCGUUGAAAGGGACAUUUUCGAGACGCUUUUCCGUCGUCUAUUCAGUAAACUGUCUAUCUUGCUACUAAAAGAGCAGCCUGGAUCAGUUGCUUAUCCCCGAGCUAUCCUCGUCACAUUGCUUUAUGUGAUGCAGCAGAGGAACAUGGCACAGGAUCAGAGUAUCGAUUUGUACUUUGACAAGAUUGUGGUCGGACUUUGCCGCGAUGUUGCAGCGUCUGCUUCUGGCAAGGCAAAGAACCGAAUUCUCAAUGACCCUACUGUGCUUGAUACUUUAGGCCGACUUUGCAACCUUAUCGUGCUAUCGGUUUCAGCUCAGAAGCAGGAACAAGUUGCCCAAAAUGUUUACAGCCUCUUUUCUGCAGCUGAAGAUUUUGCUCCCAUUCCAUUCGCUCAGACUACGAGCGCGGAUCAAGAGCGUACGAUCAUCGUCUCGACAUAUCUCCUCGCAGGAAUAUCAAAGGAGUGCAGCAACCAGAUUCCGCACACCGACCCAAACAUGUCGGGUUUGCUAUUGGAUCUAGUCCACCGUUCUGUUUCGAGCACAGAGCCAGCGACACACCAAGCAUACCUGCGUCACCUGGCAUUGCUUGUUAACAAGUUCUUAUCGAAGCAGGAUCUCGCAAUCGCCGAGAAACUCUUUGAUUCUCUCCUCCAAAGCAAGGACACAGAAUCCCAAAGUCUCAGCCCUGCCACCAUCCGCACCAUAUUCUGGCUAUCCAAAGCUCUGGUCCUUCGCCUAGCCCCCACAACCACCCAAGUUGUGACCUCCCUCCUCACCCUCCUAUCCUCCCCAGACCAGCAAACCAGCGUGACAACAGCCCAAGCCUUCUCCAUAAUCCUCGGCGAAGACGAUAUCCUCUCCGCAACCAACGGCGCCACAAUCCGCCUUCUCUGCAGACAACGCCUCUUCACAACCGUAAUCCCCCUGAUCUCAUCUCGCAUCCGCGAAGUCAACAUCGCCGGCACAGACGACUCAGCUACCACAAAAGUGCCAGGCCACAUCAAACCAGCCCACCUCACAGCCCUCGCCGGCAUCCUCUCCACCAUCCCCACGGCCCUCGUCAUGCCAGAACUCCCCACCCUCCUCCCCCUCCUCCUGCAAUCCCUCGACCUCCAAACCGCAGACUCCGUCGCCGUCCGCACAGCAACCCUCGAUACCCUCGCCGUGAUCAUCCGCGACAACGGCGUCGUAGUCAUCGACCAGUGCGGCCACGUCCAGAGUCUUGUCACCAGACUCCUGAAGACAACAGUGAACAGCACUGCCGCCGUGAACACUCCCCGCCUCCGCGCAGACGCCCUGAAAUGUCUCAAUCUGCUCGCCACGCACCAACUCCCCGGCGCCGCUGCCACCAGUGCUCCGCCAACUAUCUCGCCCCUUUUGCCAGUCAAGAACCAAGUUUUGAGGUCCUUGCGCGCGGUGCUUGAUGACCCGAAGCGUGAUGUGCGCAAGGCAGCAGUCGAUGCUCGAGGUGCUUGGCUACGCGGUGUGGAUGAUGCUCCGGAAGAAGAAGAUUGA